CAACGUUGCAGACAUUUCGAAGCAGACACAACAAAACAUUGGAUCAUGUGAUACCACUUUUUUUAAUGUUUACUAGUAUGCUUCCAUUAUCGUUCAUUGAGCGCGCGUGAACUUGUUCUCGGAAGAUAACAAUCGGCCCAUUUUUUUGGGGGCAUCCAAACAGAUGGCAUGUUUUGCUCGACUUCCGAAUGAGACCCUCGAAAACAUCUUCCAAUAUUUGGAUCUGAAAAAUCGCAAAAAUCUAUCCCCAGUUUGUCACCGCUGGAACGAAGUUCUGCUGUCGGAUCGGUACCUGAGAAAGCAUGUCAUUCUACACGUUGAAGGAUGCCGGCUGUUGGAUGCAAAAAUGCUGUUCAAACGAUACUAUCCGGCGUUGUCGAUCAAGCUGGACGCGCAGAACGCGAACGAAAUGAUGAAGAAUCUAAGGUUGAUGAACGAAGUUUGUCCCCAGCCGCGUCACUUGAAGCUGGAAAGCUGGAGUGCGGAUCAACGCUUUGGGUGGGUGCUGAAGAACACUUUCUUCAACUGCACGAACGUUGAACAACUUCACCUCGUUGGGACCUGUAAAACGGAGGCUGGAUACUUCAACGCGUCUUUCGACAAAUUGAAAGUUCUUAAAGUUGAAAGUCUUCACGUUGAGUAUUUGGGAUUGAGUGCUCCAAACUUGAACGAGCUUCAUCUUCGCGUAGAUUCGGAAGACCACAUGGAUCUGCUGCCACAGUUUGCUGAUCAACUGAUCAAACUGGCGGUGGUGUUCGCUUCCAAGGAAGUUCACUACUUUUACAACCUCAAAUUUCCGCAGCUGAUCGAGCUCAGAUUCGACAGAAAGCUCAAGGGAAUGACCAAAAGUGAGCAGGACAUCAGUAUUGCAUUCUUCAAGCGAUUGAAGCAUUUAAGGAGACUAACACUAUCUACCAAGUUCAUCGAUAGCUACGUGAUGCAGAUGAUUUCCGGCAGCAUCUCCAACUUGACCGAGCUUAAGUUGGAAGUUAGCGAAGGAACUAUCGAGCUAUUCAACAUCAGCAAGUUGCAAAAGUUGGAGUUUCUUCUCGUUGUAGCAGAGAAGGUCAAUCUGUUGGGUGCCAAAUUUAGGAUACUAAAACAUCUCGAGCUAGGAUCGUCCAAGCUUGCUUCAGGAACGUACGUGUACGCGUUCGAAGACGUGAUGCUGCUCAAUAAGUUGCGAACAUUAAAUCUACACAACGUUAAGUUUUACCCAGAAGUGCUCAAGCUAACGCCGUCCUACAACGUUGAAAGUAUGCAAAUUACGCACUACAAGAGGUUGGAAGAGAACCACCUUCAAAUUUUGGUCAGACGAUUCCCAGCGAUUCGGUGGCUCAAGAUUGCUUUCUGUCCCGGUUUUACCCAGCGUGAGGUGGAAAAACUAAAACGCAUGAACCCGAAAAUGUGCGUCGCUUUCGAUGAAAUUUCCAGUGCGAGGCUGUGAUAAAAGCUGUGAAGAAAACGUAAAGAUUUCAUCAAACUUGUUUGUUACCUAAAUGUGUAUUGUUCGCGUGUCACUGGUUGCAAUAAAUUAAAAACAUUUAAAUAUUAAAAUAAUAUAAAGUAAAAUCUU